AUGGGCACUGUUUAUCCAAAUGACGAUGAAAUCAAAUUUCGCAAAAACAAUUAUGGAGAUGUUAAAGAUAUUUUGAACAGUGAAGUUAAAUGUACAAUUUGUAACGAUGAUCUUUUACAUGAAAUUAUUUCAAAGAAAAUGAUAAUGGUUAAUCGAAGUCAUCUAUUUUUAUGUUGCUACAGCUGUUUUUACAAACUUUGUGACGGAAAUAAGUUUAGUUGUAUCUUGUGCAAUUCCAACAAAGAUCUAUCUAAUUGUACAAAAUGCAAUCUUAAUGUUUGUAAUCGUUGUGUUCAAAAUCAAAAAAUUGAUAAAUCAUCUAUUGGUGUUUUAAAUAAAUGCUUCAAUUGUGACCCAAAAAUGUUGUGGGAAAAAAGAGCUCAAGCUGCUAAUGUAUUAAAAGUAUUUUCUUCUCAACUAUGUCUGCCUAACGGCUUAUUAGUAAAUGAAACAAAUCAUGAACAAGCUGUUCGAAAAUACUUGGUGAAAGAAGCUAGAGUUGGGAAAAAUUCUGUAAUAGAUAAAAUUAAAAACAACCUGUGCAUUAAUUUCAUGUUUAAAUCAUAUAAGUCGUCUAUAUUAAACGAACUUUCAACAUUAUCUUCUACUGAUCAUAAUCCAAUUGAUGAACGUCUAAAUGAAUUCAUCAGGGUCUGUGAGAAUGUUUUAGAAAAUACCUGUUCUACUUUAACCGAUAUUAAGAGAAUAUUUAAUAUUGAUUCACAUUUGAGUCCUGGUGUUUCUGCUAUAAUGAAAUCUUUAUUGAAGCCUGUUGAAGAUGAAAACUUAUUAGUAGACAAUUCAAUAUUAAAUGGAAAUUUAAGUAAAGAAACCAAUGAUAAUUCAGUCAAUCCAUCAUCAAACGAAUCUAACAAACGUACUACAAGAAGUUUAAGAUCAGGAAAAAAACAAAAAAAAGAUAAUGAUACUUUAAACUCAAAAAUAUCUUUAUCUUCCUCAAGGUUACAACCAACGUUGUCAUCUCCAAGUGUGCAACAAAUAGCUAACGUCAUGAAUAAAAGUUUCUCUGUUGUUUUAGAACGGUUGGACGAUUCUAUAGUAUCAAGUUUAAUUGGUAGUAAAUCUUCUAAUAAAGUUCCUCUCAAUUUGGAAAAAGAUGAAAUAGCUCAUCCUUUAAAUUUAGUUGAUAAUACAAAAAACUCAACUAAAAAUCAAAAAAAACUUGAUGAAAAAUCUGAAGAUGAAAAAGAAAAUGAUAGGCUGACUAAUUUAAAUGGCAUUGAAAGGUGUUCUAAAAACAAAGUUGCAACUGAUAAUGAAGAUAAUUCUGAUGAUACUGAUAUCACACCAGCUAAAAAUACAAGUUUCAAAGUAACCCCAAAAAAAUUAAAAAAUGAAGUAAAUAAGUUGGAAAACAUUAAUCAAUUCCUUUCAACAAUUGAUGGGACCGACUCUGAUACUGAUAAUGAUUCUCUAAAUGAAGAAAAUUCUCUAGAAUCAGUAAAAGAUAUUUUUACUGAAAUCAAAAAUUCUGUAGAAAUACCUCAAAUUAACACAGAAGACAACAGUGGGGAUGAAAGUGAUAAUAGCUCUAUUGAUGAUGUGAUAAAUGCAUGCUUAACUGCUUGUAAAAGACGUAGUAUUGAUCAUUAUCAUAAAAAGUCUCAAUCAGGGAUUAAUAAUAUGGAUACUGUUUUUGAAUCUGAUCAAUCAGAAAACAAAGACAUUGCUGAUUUGAUAGAAUUAUCAGAUAUACAUAAUGAUACUACUAUUGUUACUCGUUCAAGACAACUUAAAAUACCAUCAAUCGGUGAUAGUGAUAGCGAUUUUGAUUUUAAAGGCAAAACAAAAACAAAAGGAACGAAAAGGAAGCUUGUAGAAUCUAACUCGUCUAAAGAUUCAGAUUCUUCAUCAAAGUUUUUUAAAAAAACACCAAAAAGAAGAACCAUAAAUGAUAUUAAUAAAACUAGCUAUUUUGACUUGACUAGUAACAACAGCAGCAGCAGCAGCAGCAGCAGUUCAAAUGAGGAUUCAUCUCCUAUACUUGUAAAAAAACGUAGAAGAAUAAGGCAAAUAUCUAAUGAGGAAUCUGAAGAAGCAAGUGAUUCUGAUAACAGUGAUGCAUCGCAUAAACAUUUACCAAAAAAAGGACGAAAAAAUAUUCGUAAAAUGAUAACAAAAGAUGAACUGAGCGAAGUAACCCAAAAUGCUUUAAAAGACGAAUUAAUACGUAAGAAGCGUAUUGAAAAACGUCAAAAAGAGUACAAUAAAUUAUGUAAUCUCCCAACACCAAUGGAACCAUGUAAAAAAUUGGUAUUAGAUUUUAAUGUAAAGACAGGGGAAGAACUUGUUACAGUUCAUCCAGAUCUUGUUAAAUUUCUCAAACCUCAUCAGGUGGAAGGAGUAAAAUUUUUGUGGAAUUCUGUAUUUGAAUCACUGGCAAUAAUAAAAGAACAUAAAGGAAAUGGAUCAAUCCUAGCUCAUUGUAUGGGACUAGGUAAAACUCUACAAAUUAUAGCUUUGGUUCAUACAUUAUUUAGAUACCCGGAGACUGGCAUUAAAACAGUAUUAGUUAUUACUCCUAAUGCAACAAUUGAAAAUUGGUGUAAGGAGUUUCAUAAAUGGUUACAAGAUAUUGAUGAAGAACAAAAUUUUUUGGUUCUUAACUUUUCUGAUUCAAAAACAUAUGAAGGUCGGAAGGCCAUUGUAGAUGAAUGGAAAAGAGAACAUGGUGUAUUAGUUACAAGCUAUCAGUUGUUUAGAUCAGUUGUCAAUUAUAAGAAUAUUGACAAGUUCCCUACUAUCUCUGAAUGUCUUGUUGAUCCAGGACCAGAUUUGGUCAUAUGCGAUGAAGGACAUAUAUUAAAAAAUCAUAGCACUGCAAUAUCUAAAUCAGUUAAUCGUAUUAAGACACUUCGAAGAAUUGUGUUAACUGGAACACCAUUACAAAAUAAUUUAAGAGAAUAUCAUUGUAUGGUUGAUUUUAUCCGACCAAAUUUAUUAGGGUCUAUAAAAGAUUUUACCAACCGUUUUAUAAAUCCAAUCACUAACGGGCAAUACUCUGAUUCAAAUGUAAGAGAUGUCAAAAUUAUGAAGCGAAGAUCUCAUGUUUUACAUAGAAUGCUUGAAGGAUUUGUGCAGAGAUUUGACUAUAGUGUUCUUACUCCUUUCUUACCUACUAAGCAUGAAUAUGUAAUUUAUUUGAAGCUGGCUGAUAAACAAAUAGAAUUAUACCAGAAAUAUUUGGAUGAAUACAGACAACCAGAAUUAUUUAGUAAUUAUCAUAUGCUCCAAAUGGUUUGGACCCAUCCUAAAUUACUAGCGUUAUACUUGAAACGAAUAGAAUCAAAACAAGAAAAACAAAAACUAAAGGUCGCGGAAACACGUUUUGUAGCUGGUGACAGUAGUGAUAUUGAUGAUAAUUCAAAUUCGGUUGAUGAAGUUGAAAUUCCAGGUUUUGACUUGCCAAACACUAAGAACACAGAUACGCAUUACACUGACUGGUGGAAGCCAUUUUUAUCAAGAGCUGAAAUGGAAACUGUGUACCCGUAUUCCAAGUUCAUAAUGUUGUUUUCAAUACUUCAAGAAUGUGAAAACAUUGGUGAUAAAGUGUUAUUAUUUAGUCAGUCAUUAUUUACUCUUGAUCUCAUUCAAGAUUUUUUGGAAAAUGCUGAAGAUUUAGAUGAUGAAGGAGGUCCCUAUGGUAAAUCUUGGGAUCACGGUGUAGAUUUUUAUAGAAUUGAUGGUUCAACUAGUUCAAAAACAAGAGAAGAUUUUUGUGAACGAUUUAAUAAUCCAGAAAAUACUAAAAUGCGUCUUUUAUUAUUGUCGACAAAAGCUUUUAAUUUAGGUAUUAAUCUAAUUGGUGCUAAUCGAGUUAUUAUUUUUGACGUGACAUGGAAUCCAUCUCUUAAUGUUCAAAGUAUAUUUCGUGUGUUUAGAUUUGGACAAAAAAAACCAUGUUACAUUUAUAGAUUAAUUUCUGAGGGUACAAUGGAGCAAAAAAUAUAUGAACGUCAAAUAUCAAAAUUAUCUACAGCUUUCCGUGUAGUUGAUGAACAUCAAAUUGAUCGUCAUUUUAACUUGAAAUGUCAGGAAGAACUUUAUGAAUUUGAGCCAAAAACUACUCAACCGAAAUCAACUUUAAAUUUACCUAAGGAUCGUUUAAUGGCAGAGUUAAUAUUGAAACAUAAAGAUCUUGUAAUGGACAUAUUAGAACAUGACUCAUUAUUACAAAAUAAUGAGGCCGAAGAAUUAGAUGAAAAUGACAGAAAUGCAGCAUGGGAAGAUUAUGAAAAAGAAAGAGAUGGACUUCCUCCAAAAGAUGUAGAUUCAAUUUUAAUGCAGAACAUUAAUUUAGGCUCAUUGCCAGCCUACAGGUCAAAUGAUGAUGUAACAUUGUUCAAUACUUUAAGAGAAUUUUUUCCUCAAGCUUCAAUGAUGCAACUCAAUGAUAUGUUAAAAAAAGUAAAAGAUGCCCAAAUUGAACAAUGA